GCCCGGCUUAGAAUUAUACACGCCCCAACCAAGUGAAAAGAUGUGCUAUAAAUUCCCCUCGAUAAAAGCGCUGGCAUGAUACCCAUACCCAAUCCCACUAUUUAAAAUCACAACCUCCCCAUAAUGGCGAACCCAGUGCAGCUGCGGGUCAUCGCCGAAAAGACCCUGCACUCCCCCACCAACCCCGACCUACUGGCCUACAGCCCGUCUAUGGAAUUAUUGGCCAUCGGCGGCGCAGACCACAAUGUCCUCAUCUACCGCCUUAACGGGCAACGAGUGUUCAGCGCGAGUCAGAAGGUGAAGGGCGUGGUGUUGGAUCUCCAAAAGCUGGUGUGGAAGCCCAAUGGCCAACUAAUUGCCAUUGCCUGGAGCGAUGGGACCGUCCGGUUGAUAGGCGCGGAAAGUAAUAAGACGGUGCAUCAGAUCACUGUAUCAGAGGAGGAAGACACGGAAGUCACGUGUUUAGCCUGGACGACGUACUCGGCAACGUCAAAGUCUCUAGGAGACAUCCUGUCCGAGGCCGGGUCAUUGUGGAAAGAUGCUACUGAGGGAGGAUUAAAAGGGAAGAGUGCCCAGCUGCUCGACCUCCCCCGAGAUCUGGCCGCUAUAGACAUCGAAUCCAGCCUGCCCAAGCUCAGCGUCCUACCAAGCGGGGGAACCACCGAAGACAUCUUCAGCUCACGUGCCUCCCUCGACGCCCUCUUCCGCCCCUUCGACCCCAAAGACAACGACUCCAUCUCCAUAAUGGUCGUCGGCACCUCCACCGGCCACAUCCACCUCACGAUCUUCGACUCCUUCGUCAUCGGCACCUUCCCCUCCCCCCUCAAAUCCUCCAAAACCUCUCGACAUCAGCUAAUCCGUCACGCCUCGCACCCGCAUCACGCUGUCCAUGGACUGCUCAUGAAAUCCACAUCCACCUUAGUUGGGGGCCUCUACUUCGUGCCUAUGCACUUGGGGUUCUUGACGAGCGAGAGGAGUGAUCUGUCGCUGUUAGCGUCGAGGUCGAGCGCGUUGCAGAAUUUGUUGAGGUAUAUAUAUCAGGUGCAGACGCUGAUGACGGCGGAGUACCAGGCGACGCAGGAUUUACCAUCGAGGUUUUUGGGGAAUAUAGAUGAGACGCUUGCUGAGCAUGGGGAUUGGACUAUAGCUCCCGCUCUGUACCAUCAAGUCGUCACCGGUCAUACCCUUCCAGAAGUCAAAGAAUGGCUCGUCGACGAAUUAGCUGAACGCGGCCACAAACGCUGGGACAAAACCCUAACAACCGCCCACACCACCCUCCUAAAACUAACCCACACCCACCUCCUCCCCGCCCUCGAGCGCGCCUCCCUCCUCCUCUCCCGCCUCCACGGCCUAGCAUCCUACCACCACCCCUCGCACUCCCCCCUCGGUUUCUCCCCCACACAGAUCAAGAACCUGCUUGAUACGGUGGCGGCGCUGAAUCUGGCCGCGACGAGGGUCCUGGCUACGACGGUGGGGGAGGUGGAGGGCUGGGCCGCGUUUGGGGGGUGGGUUAGGGGGGAGAUUGAUCGGUUGGCUGCUGGGGAAUCUGCGGCGGGGGCGGAUGAUGAUAAGGAGGCUGCAACUGUGCCUACGGCCAAAAUCUUGGAGUAUAUACAGGGAUCACUGACGGCCUCGCCGCUGGCGCAGUUCUUCACACCCCUUGAUUCCACCGUCGCAGAAUCCCACACCGAAGCCCUCUCCACCACCACCCCUCUCUUCCCGAUAAUGGCAAAGGCGCUUAACUCCCCCGACCCAACGAACGCGUUUCAGAAAGCAUUACCGAAUAUCGCAGCCCUGACCGCUCAUCUGGCGACACAGGCGGCGGCGGUGAGUACUGGGAUCGCGGAGGCGGAGAAGCGGAAUGUGAGGUUUGGGGAUGCGGUGGAGGUGGGUGGUGUGGGGAAGGAGGUUUUGGGAGAGGGGGGGAGGGUGGAUAUGCGGAUGUGUAGUGGUACUACUGCUGAGGGGGGGAGGGGGGAGGGGGUGGUGUAUAUCGCUACCUCCGCUGCUGGAUCGGAUGCUUUGUCGAUACAGCGAAUUGCGCUUCCCCAGGGCGAGGAGGGUACCUCCUCCACCAGCAGGGUGAAUGUAGAAGUCGGCGGGUUAGUAAAGGAUAUCGCGUUCCUAGAUGAGGAAGUUCUACUGGUUCUCAUCGAUGGAUCGGAAUCCAAAGAGGGUGUCUACAUCCUCGCACUCCCCUUCCUACCGCUUUCGUACACCGCUAAACCCACUACCGUUCAGGGGAUGGGGAGAAGGUUUAGAGUCCAAGAGGGAGCGGAGAGGGUGAGGGUUGGGGGAGGGAGGGUGGUGGUUGUUGAGAAGGGGGGGGUGAAGGUUUUGAAGGUUAAGGGGGAGGUUUGGGGAGAUGGAGAAGGGGGGGUGGAGGAGGUGAGGGGGAUGGGUGGGGUGGGGAAGGAGGAGGUGAAGGGGAAAGAGGGGGGAGGGGGGGAUGAGAUGGAAGUUGAGGGUUAG